AUGAGUUUGGACGGCCAAGAUAUAGAGGAUCUUCUCCAUCUAGCCGGUGAUAUUGGUACUGCUCAUCGGCAGGUUGAGCAAAGUCCCAGCAUGAUCACCAAGCAGGAACGGAAUGAUUUGGGUCAGUUUCACCAGGAUGCGAAACAAGAGUCUGAAAUCCUGGCUCAAGAAGCUCUAACGGCAAACAACAUUAACAUUCAGGAGUCACCAAAAGUGAGCUCUACUUCGAUUUGGUCCUUUUUGGGCUCUUGCGGAAUAAAUCUUGUACUGCCUUUCAUCAAUGGUGUAAUGCUCGGCUUUGGUGAAAUCCUGGCCCAUGAGAUCGGCUUUAGAUAUAACUGGGCAGGAGCAAAGGUCGAAGGAUGCAGGGCUAGUUAUCUGAUCGUUAGGCCCAUGACGGCAACAUGCAUCUCUUCCAAACUAUAUAUUAUGACAUCUUUGCACCGCUACCCCAGAUUUUUAUCAAGCGGAAUAUUCGAUCAAAUCACAUGCAAUAGUGGGGAAGUUUAUUUAAAACAUCAGGAAAGGCCCACUGAUCUCGCAUUAUUGAUGAAUAGAGACGUGGCCUCCUCCAAUAAGUAUUUACUGCGGACCAGUAGGUACCUGGUUGCUCAGUAUGCCAAGCAGCGCAAUGUGAUUCUUCGGCUGGCCUACGCUACCAUUAUAUAUAUGAUUUUCAAUGGCGGUUCCUCGAGCAAAGGCAAACCAUCUAUUAAGUAUAGACCAGAACAUAAUAAUGGAACCGUAGCGGAACGGCUCACGCAAAGAUUCAAAUCCUCUCCGUUGGUUCUUCUGGUGUCCCAACUGAGUUACAAAAAUGAAAAAACGAGACCAAUCUUGGGUUACAUGAUUCUGCAGAUAGGCUUGUCACUGGUUAGGGCCGUCAUUGCUCUUAAAGUCGCAGCUCUUGAUGGCUACUUGGUCUCGUCAUUGAUAACAAAACGGUUCAAGACCUUUUUCAAAUAUCUGCUGCUUUGGACGCUGAUAGGUGUUCCGGCCGCAGUGACGGAAUCUUUGUUAACAAAAACGAGACAAUUGUUAGCACUAGCCGUACGCCGUAAUGUGACCAAUGAGGUACUAAACAUUUACCUUCCUGAUAGUGGGAAUAGCACAGUGUACCAUUUGAUCAACAAGUCCAAACAUACAAACCUUGGGGACAGCAUAGAUGACCCUAAUCACAGGAUCACUACCGUCAUCGAGCAAUUUUCUAACAGCCUGAGUUCUAUUCCUUCGCAGGUUUUGACUCCAACGAUGGAUAUUGCUCUUGCGGCACAUCAAUUGUCAAAGACAGGGGAAAAUGCGGCAGAGGGGGGACUUUUGCUGGGGCUUAUUACAAACGUUUCUACUUUGGUUCUCAAAAUCUUCACCCCAAACUUCUCGAAACUGAAUGCGCUCAGGAACUCCUUGGAAAAUAAGUUUCAUGCCCACCAUUCUAAAGUGAUUAACAACAGCGAAGAAAUAGCUCUGGCGAAAGGGCACAGAAGAGAAAUAGACUUAUUGGAUAUGAACUACUUUGAGCUUGAACGUUUCAAAAGAAUGGAGCUUCGCAGAAUGGCUGUCUACGAUUUUGCCGUUUCAUUUAUUUUCAAGUAUACGUUGGGAGCUUUUGGAUUACUUCUCUGCUCACUUCCGAUCUUCACUACUGCAUACAAAUUAAAUUAUAGGAUUUCUGAAAAUGCAAGCAGUCGAAUUUCUGCAGACUUCAUCACUAACAGAAGGCUGUUGCUGACGGCAUCAGACUCGCUGGGGAAACUAGUUCGGGCUAAGAAAAACAUUCAAAAUUUGCUAGGAUAUAGUGAGAGCAUUUGGGAAUUCGAACAGGUUCUGACAGAAAUCAACAAAUCCGUGGAGGAAGAAGCUAAGUUGGAAGCAGCCAUAAAUAACGAGCCAUUGGUAAAAGGACCGAAUGUCAGCUAUGGUGAUGAGAUAUCCUUCCUGCACGUUCCGCUGGUUACUCCUACUGGAACAAUUUUGGUUGAGGAUCUCACUUUCACCAUUAAGCCAGGAGAGAAUUUGCUGAUUAUCGGUCCCAAUGGGUGUGGAAAGUCCUCCUUAUUCCGAAUUUUGGGCGGCCUCUGGCCCGUUCAAAAUCCCGGUCAUCUUGUUGUUCCACAAAGGCGCCAGGACUUGUUUUACUUGCCGCAGAAAAGCUAUCUAACAUACGGUUCUUUGCGCGAGCAAAUUGUUUAUCCUGACACUCUCGAGGAGUACCAGCAGAAACUGUGCGAUGCCCGAGCUACUGGAAGCCUAGUCAGAGAUGAUGUUUAUCUCAUGGAACUUCUUCGAUUGGUCAAAUUGGAAAAGCUUGCUGAGAUUGUAUCUGAGGACGAAGACGAGGAGGAAAAACAUGUGUUAUCUUCUAGCAAUUCUCCUUUAGACACCGUGAAGAGGUGGCCUGAUCUACUUUCAGUCGGCGAGCAACAGAGGUUGGCACUUGUUAGAAUGUAUUAUCAUCAGCCGCGGUUUGCUGUUUUGGAUGAAUGCACUUCCUCCAUUUCUCCAGACCUUGAGCAAGAAUGCUAUAGACUGGCAAUUGAGCGAUUCGGAAUCACUGUUCUGUCGGUGUGCCACCGCACCUCCUUAUGGAAAUUCCAUUCCCAUAUCCUCAAGUUCGAAAGCAAUAAAAACAGGGAUACGACAGACGAGGAAGACGAAAAUGACUUCGAUAACGGUAGAAUCAGUAUAUCUCCAGAGCGCUCUGCGAAAGUUACGUUUAGCAAAUUUGACCCCGCUAAGAGACUAGCAAGACAUAACGAACUGAUCGAGAUUGACAAUAUGCUCAAAAACAGAUCCAACAUACGCAAGAGAUUGCAGUCUCUUGACUACAUGAGAAAUCGCAACAAGAAAAUCUUAUAUAUUCAAGAUGAGGACUAA